AUGCUCACAAUCUUUGGCAAUGGUCUGGAGAUCUUCUUGCCCAAGACCAGACUGAAACCCGGGUAUGACAUGGCCUCUGCCAAGUUAGAUCCUCCCACUUGCGCUGAGAGACCAAUCUUGACAGCUUCUCCUGACGAAGAAGCACUACCCUUCAAGAGCUUGUAUGCCCUAUGCUACAAUAGCGGCCUCCGGCUCUAUGCAGAGCCAGAAAGUCUGCACCCAAUGUGGAAUGAUCUCAAGAACGCAUUGAAACGAGCAGAGUUUCAGCCAUCGCUGUUGCUGGGCAUACUUCUGAGUCAAGCCAGUCAUGGACCCUUUGAUUCAGGAGCUCACCAAUGGACGAAACAGGAGUGCGUGAAGGUGUUGUCCAAGGAACUUUCCCCGAGUGAUUUUGCUGAGCUUCGAGAGUGCAUGCUGAAAGACAGGUAUGGGCAACUAAGUACAGACAUUCCUGACUCCCCGGAAGAUCUAGAGGAUUUGUCUGCAGUGCAGCACUUGCCUAUCUUUGCAAAGUACAAGUCCUGGUUCCAGUGCAUUGUCUCUCUCUACAAGCUGAGUUUAGACUGGAGCCUGAACACUCUAGUUUUGGAAAGGGCGGUUGAGAUGCACAGGGGUUCUGCACGCUUCGAUGUACACAUGGCUGCACCCCUGUCAUGUCCAACACAUUUUCUGGAUACUGUUUGGAAUAAACAACAUAAUUAA